GAUAGGUUGUCAAGGGGAGUCAAGAAUAGUUAAGGUUCCACAGAGAGUGCUGUUCGCUAAGUCACGUAAUAUCGAUGGCAGAGCCUGGUUUGUCUCCGUUAUCUCGAUCGUCUCGUCGUGCAGCUAGACCUGGAACUCUGAGUUGUGAUCCCGGCCGAGAACCUCUCUCGCUCUCCUUGUCUGCCUCUCAAAGAGUGCACCCACAAGCUCUCAGUUAAAGAGAUCCUACUGAGGUUUGGGUUUUCAGUAUCCCACGCAAAGAAUAACUGGAGCCUACCCGUCGUCAGGUUCAUACCAUGAGAGCCCAGCAGAGGUUUUCAAUUCUAACCUGGCAUCAAAUAUAGCUUCUGGUUCCUCAUCGGGUGCAGCACUUCAUUUAACAGUGAUUCCAGAAAAUUUUGAGCAGGAGAGAAUGCUUUUCAAGGCAGGCCUUGAAACUAGAGUUGCAUUGGAGUAGACGGCAGCUGCUGCGACGUAUGGUGCUCACAGGGGGAGUGCUUCGGAUGGUGUGGACGUCCGGUGGUACUUUUGCUAGACUCCACUCCGCCUUAAUGAAGCUGCUGCAUAAGUGCCAGCAUCUGAGCUUGCAGGCAAAGGCGAGUACUUCCGAUUUAGUGAACGGGAUUCACAUUCACUGGAGGCUUCAUUUGUACAGAGAGAGGAAGAACUGCUGUCAGCAUGGUCCAAAAAGUAGUUCAGCUCUCUCAGUGGUGCAAGCGACGGAAGAACAGACCAAAAUGGUCCUGGUAGCAUUAGUUUUGAUUACGAUCAUGGGGAGAGCGUGGGAAUACGAUGUAAGAAUGCUACCAAAGAAAUGAAUGUGACGUGAAUCUCGCCUUUCACAACGAGAUGCUAUUGGUUCUCGUACAGCAAAUUGAACAAUGAGUAUAUUCAACUUCUAGGUGGAUUAUAAGCCAUUGUUUCUGUUACUUGUAGAUUGAUCUUAUGCGGCGCAGGUGUAUCCCAGUCUACUGCAGAGGGGAGGAUCCCCUCGUACUACGCGGUCACUGGUACUUACGGAAUUGUAGACAUGAUUGGUUGCCAUUUCAGGAAGUUAUUGCUGAGCAGCUAGAAAACGCCUACCGUGAGAAGAUACUGGAUUUCGGGUUGCAUUUAUAUGAGCCCCAAUCUCUGGAUGUGUUGCGUGCUACUCCAUGUAGGCACACUCAGAUAAUGGAUUAGAAUGACGAGUCUCUU